CAAUUUCACGGCCCUUUCGUGCUCUGUAGAUCCGAAAUAAUACAAGAAAAAAAUCUAGGGCCUUUUUUUGGCUCGCUCUCGCGAUUCUCCUCUCGGUCAGUCUCUCUCCAGUCGUCGGAUCUGAUCCUAAGCAUUGACCUUAGGAGAUAAUGGGCCGUGGAGUCAGCAGUGGAGGAGGGCAGAGUUCCCUUGGGUACCUUUUUAGUGAUGCUGAAGCACCAAAAGCUGCAUCUGAGAAACCUGUUGAGAAGCCUGCCCCUCCACCAGAACAAAAGCUUAAGGAGAUACCAGCAGGCAUUCCAGGGAGUUCGAGAAAUAAUUAUUUCCGAGCUGAAGGCCAGAACACUGGCAAUUUCAUCACGGACCGACCUUCAACGAAGGUGCACUCUGCCCCUGGAGGUGGUUCCUCCCUUGGCUACCUCUUUGGGGAUGGUGGUAAGUGAUUGUGAUGCUGCUGUGUGGAUUGCCCGAGCAAUUCUUUUGCGAACCAAGAAAAAAAGAACAAAAAAAAGAAAUUAUCGUUGUUUUAAGCGUGUUUAUGAAAGUAACUGAUCAGUUGUGGAAGGAAGAAUAUCUGAUUAUAUAUUACAUAGCUUUAUGAUGUAAUUUGCUGGUGGGAUGGAGGCUUAAACAGUCAUCCUGGAUUUGUAGACUGUUGCAUUUCCAGUUUCAUGUUUCCUUGAUCAAGUUUAAUCAUAACUUGUUUCUUUCUGUAUUUUCCCUUGCCCUGUAAAUGCAAAUAUGGUUCCCUAUUCUGGUCU